AAUUUACUUUUUCUUUUGGGGAGUAAACUUUGGUACUUUGAUUACUUAUUAGACCAAAUUUGUCUGAGUAAUUCAUGAAAGAAGAAAAAGAGAGAAAUUUCUGAAACAUAUAUUGAAGCUUUUUGCAAUUUUCUGAUAACGUAAUAAAUAGUAGAUUACAUUGAACAUAUUUUCAGACUUGUGACAGACAGGUAAUUGCUUUUUUUUUUUUGGUUCUGCAUAAAAUUUAGUAUUUUGAGGAUGUUGCUUUUGGAUCCCUCAAAGAAGAUAUCAUUUAAUCGGUGCAUUAGAGAUGGAGACUUGGUUAUUGUCUAUGAGAGGCAUGAUACUAUGAAGGCUGUUAAAGUGUUUGAGAAUUCGGUUCUUCAAAAUCGUUUUGGUGUGUUUAAACAUUCGGAUUGGAUUGGGAAGCCAUUUGGUUCCAAAGUGUUUAGCAACAAGGGUGGAUUUGUUUACCUAUUGGCUCCAACGCCAGAGUUAUGGACUUUGGUUCUAAGUCACAGGACUCAGAUUCUCUAUAUUGCGGAUAUUAGCUUUGUGAUUAUGUACUCGGAAAUAGUUCCUGGUUGUUUGGUUCUUGAAUCAGGAACCGGAAGUGGAUCUUUAACAGCCUCACUUGCAAGGGCUGUGGCUCCUACUGGACAUGUUUAUACAUUUGAUUUCCAUGAACAGAGGGCUGCCUCAGCUAGAGAGGAUUUUGAGAGGACAGGAAUAAACACCUUAGUUACUGUGGGAGUCAGAGACAUUCAGGGUGAGGGAUUUCCAGAUGAAUUUUUUGGGUUGGCUGAUUCUGUGUUUCUGGACCUACCACAACCUUGGCUGGCCAUUCCUUCAGCUGGAAAAAUGUUGAAACAAGAUGGAAUUUUGUGCUCCUUCUCACCUUGCAUUGAACAAGUGCAACGCUCAUGUGAAACUCUUAGAUCAAACUUUACAGAUAUAAGGACCUUUGAAAUACUACUUCGCACAUAUGAAAUCCGUGAAUGGAAAAUGGACUGCUCAAAGGUUGAUGAUGGUGGUUCUGUUGCAUGUCCUCCAUGCAAGAGGAGGCAGCCUUCAGGCGAAGGAAGCAUGAGGGACAACUCAAGUUCUCCAGCAGUCAUGGCUCGGCCAUCUGCUGAAGCUAGAGGGCAUACUGGAUACUUGACAUUUGCAAGACUUAAAUGCAUCUUGUGAAAAACAUUGCAUACCGGACAUUUGACAUUCACAAGACUUGAGUGUGUCUCGUCAAAAACAUCGACUCUUACGAUAAAUUCAACACUAUAUUGAGAGUUUGCAUCCUUGUAUUCUGAUUGGUUCUUACAUCACUCCAUUACAAAAUUGUUCAUUCCUUAUCAUCUCUAGUCAACAAAGAAGGUUCUGAUAAUGGUUUAGGCUCUUGUUUUUUUCCAUUUUGCUUUCAACUGAGGUGUACCAAAAGUCUAAAACUUUAUCAUACAGAUGGGACGAUGAUAUUUCUUCUACACUUGGGGUUGCAGGAUACAAUUUUUUAUGUGGAGUUAUGGAAAGAAUAAUCAUCAACUCUUGACAAUCAAAGCUUCACUAGAACAACAUUGCCAGUUGCC